GACACCACCAACCAGUCUCCUCAGUGCCGUGACUAGUGUGCGUCGCUCUCUCUCCCUCCACCAACCCCGCAUGAGGACGACUCUCUCCAAGUGUGCGUGCGUGCGUGUGUGCGUGACGGGGUAGUCCAUGUUGUAGUGUGCUACACUACAGUCACACGAGUGAAAACCGCGUGCAAGUCACAUUUCAAUGAAAAUAUUUCAUGCGGGAAAACACUCCGACGUGUCCCGGCCUAGCUUUCCAUGUAAAACCGCUUUGAAAUUCAUAACUCAAUCAUAUUCACACCGGUGCAAUACUUUGAAAAUUGAACGGGAAAACACCAAACUUUCUCGGUAGUUCAGUAACUUUUCAUCUAUCUCAUUUUCAUUUUUACAAUUUUACAAACAAUUUCAUUUUCAAGACUAAAAAAAGUAAUACCAUUGCAUAAGCUAUCCCUUCUAAACUAGGAAAAAGACUAUUGAUAAUUUGUGAGCUCUACACAUCAAAAACUGGAUGCUUCUUAACAACUUUCAGUAGCCUAUAGUUUUAAAACAAUUUUUCCAAAUAUAGUAAUAAUGUAAACGUAGAAAUUUUUAAUGAAAUAUUGAAGCUUCACGUGAGAAACAAUGUUCCUAUCAGAAUAGAAUCAAAUUACUCACUGAGCCAAACAGAAAUUGAUAUUAAAUGCUAUUCUUGAAAAAUUUCGUGUUUGGAAAAAAAUCACAUCAGUUUAAAAAUUGUGCAGAGUAGUUUAUGUGUAGAUUUUUAAUAUCGUAUAUUAUCGGUUUUGAAGUAUUACUGAGAAUAAAAUAAUAAUGGGAGAGCAUUUGUACAUUUGAGUAGUGAAAACUCUAACAGUGUAACUCGAGUGACUUUGGUGUUGAAUUUUUUGAAAUCGUUGUCAUCAAUACAAGGAAAUACAUGAACUGCAACUUCGGAACAGUUGGACAUUUUUAGCGUGUGAUCGGCAGAGAAUGGGGCUAGUAGGGGCUUGGGCAGCCCUCAGCCAAGAGCAUCAUCAGCAGCAGCAGCAUCAGCGUCAGCAUCACAUCAGCCACGAGGUGCCCGGGGAGGAGGUGGAGCAGCGGAGGAGGAGAAGGUGCAGUCGCUAGCCCAGACAUGCUAAUCUCGUCGGCAAUCAUUGCCCUCCUUGCCACUCUCGCUGCCGCAGUGGAGCCGGGCAUUGAUCUGCUGGCGGCCUUGCAACUGCACAACUCGAGUCGCCAGGGCGUGAGUGUGGCGCCGGGCCCACAGCGACUCAGGCCCGCAUUCUAUCUGCAAGGGGACUACAGAGACCUCCGCCUGCCACAGUCGGUGUUCGAGCAGGCAGUGGCGCUGCUGCGGCAUAACGCCGAGUUCACGGUGGCCGCCUCUCUGCGUCAGGAGGAGGCCAACUCCGGCACCAUCGUCUCCUUCUCGCACGGGUUCAACAGGUACCUGGAGCUGCAGUCGAGCGGCCGUAAGGACGAGAUUCGGCUGCACUACACGAGCCAGCCCGACUCAAUGGUCCACGUUGAGACGUUUCCCUUCCGGCUGGCCGACAACGCUUGGCACAAAGUCGCUGUUUCAGUCAGUGGCGCACAGGUUCAGUUACUAGUUGACUGUCACCCUCUGUAUAGGCGGUUGCUGGUGAGGCCUCCCGAUACCAACUUUACAGAGCCGCAGCUCACGCUCUGGGUUGGCCAGCGCAAUAAUCGACAUUCCCUCUUCAAGGGAGCUCUCCAAGAUGUUAGACUGAUAACUGGUCCUCACGGAUAUUUAAACCAAUGUCCACACCUAGACACUAGCUGCCCCACAUGCGGGCAAUUUUCUUUACUUCAAAAUACUGUAGAUCAGCUCACAAGGCAUCUGCAGGAAUUAAAACAAAAGGUUAGUGGUGAGACUACCAUCAAUGAACUUGGCAUGAGAAAACAAUGGUGUAUAAAAUGGAAAAACCUCAAGGACAACUAUAAUAGAUUUCUGAAAUCAAAUCAAUGCCAAACUGGACAGGAGUACAAGAAAUACCGAAACUGGCCGUGGGCAGAACUGCUCAGGUUUCUGGACGAUUUCAAGUUUGAAAGAACUGGUGAAAUCCAUAUCCCAGAAGUGCAAGUAAUCAUCAAAGAAGACGAUCAUCACAAAAAUCGCGAAUUGAACAUUGAAGAGGUGCCAGUGCACGGAGAAAUCCAGUGCCGUCCAGUGCAAUGUCCUCAUAUCAAUUGUAAAAAUCCUGUUCAUAAUCCCGGGGAAUGUUGUCCCAGCUGCCUCAAGCAGUGCUACCUGCGCGGCACCCUGUACGACCACGGCGACUCGGUGAGCCUGAAGCAAUGCGUGGAGUGUGAGUGUCGUGACGGCAGCAUGCAUUGCACGCGCAUCGACCCCGACACCAUGUGUCCGCCCCUCGCCUGCGCCCCCCACCUCCAGUUCAGUGUGCCCGAGGAGUGCUGCAAGUUCUGUCCUGGCGUGGACUACUGUGGCAAGGGGCAUGACUGUCACGCGAAUGCGAGCUGUCUGAAUCUACAGACCACGUACGCCUGUCACUGCAACACCGGCUAUGCAGGCGAUGGACACGACUGUCAAGACGUGGACGAAUGCCUGGAGGAAGGCGGUCUGGACGGCCAUCACUGUCACUCGAACACGCAGUGCGUGAACACACUGGGUGGUUACGAGUGCCAAUGCCUGCCCGGCCACCGCCGCCUUGAUCGCUUCAACUGUGUGGAGGUCGACGAGUGUCAGACGGGUCUGCACGCCUGUCAUGCGCAUGCCACCUGCCAGAACACGCAGGGCAGCUACCACUGUCUCUGCCAGCAGGGCUACUCGGGAGACGGAUACAACUGUACUCCUAUUUGCCAGCAGCCGUGUCUGAACGGAGGCGAAUGCGUGUCGCCCGAUACGUGUCGCUGUCGCCAGGGCUACCGCGGCGCCAGCUGUGAACUGGACUUGGACGAGUGUGCGACUCAGCUGCACAGCUGUCGCGCGGCCGACUCUGACUGCGUCAACAUGCCUGGUUGGUACUACUGCCGCUGCAAGCCCGGCUACAGGACCACCGUCAAUCAGCUCAACGUCUUCACCACCACCUGUCAGGAUGUGGACGAGUGUGCGAACGGCAGUCACACGUGUCACCCGUCAGCACAAUGCGUCAACACCGAGGGUGGCUUCACCUGCGUCUGCCACGAGCACAAGUCGCUGGAGCCGCAAGCACAACCGCAAUGCAAAUUGAGCUGUAUGCUGGAAGGCGUCGAAAUCGAGAACGGGGCGACUGUGACCCCGGCCCUGGCGCCGUGCAAACGGUGCACCUGUGAAUCGGGCGUGCUGAGCUGCCUGGAACGCGAGUGCGACUGCAGUCAGCCGCUGACGACCGCCGACCAGCGACAGUGUUGUCCGCAGUGCGACCCGCGAGCCUCCUGUCAGCACCAGGAGCUGCGACACGUCAUCUUCCGAUCGGGCGAUCGAUGGAUCUACCAGUGCCAGACCUGCGAGUGUCUUUUUGGAGAGAUAGACUGUUGGCCGAUGGAGUGUCCGCCAGUGAGCUGCAGCCAGCCGCUGCUGAGUGCGGGUGACUGCUGUCCGCGCUGCGCCGCCGACCAAGACCUGUGCAAUGUGACCAGCGUCCAAGGUCAGGGCCGAGGUCAAGGUCAGCCGUGCGCCUAUGCUGGCCACUACUACGAAUCGGGCGCACAGUGGAGCGACCCCCACAACAAGUGCACUGCCUGUAACUGUAAGGUGCCGUACUGCAAUCUAUUGGUGAGCAAUUUGGCCUGUUGUGUGCAUCGGACGGCCGGCUCUGCUGUAGCUAUAAUGUCGUCUGCGGCGGUGCUGCUGAUCGGCAGACUGCUGACUCAGCACAGCUUAGCCGGCGAUCGACGCCCCCAAGGUCACUCAAGGUCGCCGGACACCAGCCAUCGCAAGCGACGCUUUGGCCGGACUACCACAACCAGUCCAACACCCAAAGUGAAACUAAGACUAGUGACGAGAAAACAAUUGUUAGCGACAUCAACGACGAUAGUGCUUUGCAAACAACGCAAUCUAGUGACAAUAAUAGUGACGAGCACAGGCCUAAUAGCAAUGUGUAUCAAACCACAAACUUUCAAAAUAAUUACCCCUCCCCAUCGGCCUCUUCCUCGUCCUCCUAUUCGUCGUCUCCCCUCACCCCUCCUUCUCCUCCUCCGGCUAGUAGCACUUACUCAUCUGCCGCGACGACUACCAAUGCCAAUGCCCAAACUAAAGACGAUUAGCUAUUUUAAUAAUUAUGGUGUUAACAAAUUGUAGUAUUAAUCAUUUUUGCUGCUGCUGCUGCCUAGUGAAACUACCAGAGCUGUCUUGUAAACAAGCAAUGUAAAAGCAGUGGUGACAAUUAUUAGGAAUAGGUUUGGGGGUAAUGUGCUCCCGAGAUAACAGUGGGGUUGGAAUUGGAUAUUCAUUUAAUUUGGAAGCUUCUUUGGAACAGCAGGGAUUAAAAUGGCUAAUGUUGUUGUUAUGGAUGAAGUCAAUUCCACAUACAACAGAAGAUUGACAAUUUAUCAGUUAUGCUUUAGGACAUAUGAACUUCCAAAAUUGGAGUAGGAUGAAGAAUUGCAAAUUUUAUAGGUUCGAAAUUUGUAAACUCCCAAUGUAACAGCGGGGGAAAUUCAAAAUAUUGAAGUUACGGAUAGGGAUAAUGCUAAAGAAAAAAUUGGGGUGGCAAUUAUAAAAUAUUGAUAAUUUUCAGGUAUGUAAUUCCGUAGAUAAGAGUAAAGGUAGAAAAUCGAAGGAGCUGUUAAACUCCGAAAAUAACCGUAGGGUUAAAAAUUUCAAACAAUAUAAAUUUGGAAGUUGUUUACUCCCAAACAACAGUUUGAGACUUUAUUUAUUUAUUUAU